AUGGCAGACAAGCUCCGUACCACACAGCAGCUCGAGGCGCUCCAGAACAAAUUCGUCGGAACCGGACACGCCGACACCACUAGAUUUGAGUGGACAUCCAACAUUCAGCGCGACAGUCUGGCCUCGUAUGUCGGCCACCCGCCUCUACUCUCAUACAUGACUCUGGCCAUGGGCGAGGGCACUCGUGAAGAGAUGCGCGUCAAGCUCAUCGAGAAGAUGGUCAGGCCCGUCGGUCCUCCUCCAGAGGCUAGUAUCCGAAGAGCUCGUUUUCGCUUUCUUCGGCGACUGACUUUAUGCCAGACAAGAGAUCAGGAGUGAUCUGCCACCACAUCCUUGAACAAGCGCGUUCGACAUCACACACACCACACUGCCG